CUCUCCUCAGUCUGGCUCAUCAGCUGCGAGGCGGUCGAUCAAUCCGCCCGGGACAGAAACUAGCCGACCUCUCCGAGCAAAACUUAAGUUCUGCGGUCGCUGCCUCUUUGAAACUCUGCUUUUAUAACUAGCCCUUCUCAUCUCUCCCUUGAAAUCCGUGCUCCUGCACAAAAUGACUGGUGGCCCACUGACAGGGUUGCUGGUCGCGCUGUGCCUCAGCAGCGCAGUCCGCGGCUUGCCGAACAAAAGCAAAAGGCAAACUGGCCAACAUCAGGUGUAUCCCGAGCUCCGCGACUCAGCGGCCCUUGCUCCAGACGGCUGUGAAGAAAACGGUCGCUUCUACAGACUGAACGAACAGUGGGAGAAAUUAUACCUUGGUAAUACACUGGUUUGCACCUGCAAUGGAGCGGCAGGCACCAAAUGCAAAACUAAGGUUGAAGCUGAGUCCUGUUAUGACAAGUACAAUGAACGGACAUACCAGGUCGGUGAAACCUAUGAGAGACCAAAGGAAGGGAUGAUGUGGGACUGCACUUGCAUCGGUUCUGGUCGGGGCAAGAUUAGCUGUACCAUCGCAAAUCGCUGCCAUGAAGGUGGGAGGUCUUAUAAAAUCGGGGACACUUGGCAGAGGCCUCAUGACACCGCUGACUACAUGCUGGAGUGUGUGUGUCUUGGAAAUGGGAAAGGAGAGUGGACCUGCAAACCUGUGGCUGAGCGUUGCUACGACAACAAUGCUGCAUCAUCUUACGUCGUGGGAGAGACCUGGGAGAAACCAUACCAAGGCUGGAUGAUGCUAGACUGUACCUGUCUGGGAGAGGGAAAUGGACGCAUCACAUGCACCUCAAGGAAUCGUUGCAACGACCAGGAGACCAGAAGGUCCUACCGUAUCGGAGACACGUGGACGAAGACUGACACAAGUGGACACAUCCUGCAGUGUCUGUGCUUAGGAAAUGGCCGUGGAGAGUCGAAGUGCGAAGGACACAACGCAGGCCGAGCCACAGGUGCUGUCGUGUUGACCCCCACCCACACCGUGUCUCACAAGCAGAUUCAGCCCACCGCCGAGGGAACCUGUCGCACAGACUCUGGAGCCACCUACUAUGACGGACAGCGCUGGAUAAGGAGCCAGGGCAGCACGCAGAUGCUCUGUACCUGUCUGGGCAACGGUGUCAGCUGUCAGGAAUGGGAAGCCAGGAGCCUGGUGUAUGGUGGUAACUCUAAUGGCCAGCAGUGUGCGUUCCCCUUCGUCUUCAUGGGGAAGACCUACUACUCCUGCACCUCAGAUGGACGCACAGAUGGGCAGCUCUGGUGCUCUACAACCCAAGAUUAUGAGAGAGACAAGCAGUACUCUUUCUGUACUGAGAGGAAUGCCAUUGUGCCAACACGAGGUGGAAACUCCAAUGGCGCCCUGUGCCACUUCCCCUUCCUCUACGGCGGCCGGAACUACACUGACUGCACCUCCGAUGGGCGCCGUGAUAGCAUGAGGUGGUGUGGUACCACGCACGACUACGACACAGAGCGGCGCUUCGGAUUCUGCCCCAUGGCUGCCCAUGAGGAGGUAUGUACCACCAAUGAUGGAGCGAUGCACCGUAUAGGAGACAAGUGGGACAAACGCCACGAUGUCUUGGGUCACAUGAUGGAGUGCACGUGCCUGGGUAACGGCCGUGGGGAGUGGAGCUGUAUUGCUCACUCACAGCUGCGAGAUCAGUGUAUUGUUGAUGGCGUGACCCAUGAAGUAAACCAGGAGUUCUCCAAGCGCCACGACGAAGGCUACAUGAUGAACUGCACCUGCUACGGACAGGGACGUGGACGCUGGAAGUGUGACGCUAUCGAUCAGUGUCAGGAGCCGCAAACCAGGGCAUUCCAUCAGAUUGGAGAGGUAUGGGAUAAAGUCAUCCAUGGCAUCAGCUACCGCUGUUAUUGCUAUGGCAACGGGAUUGGAGAGCUGAGAUGUGAACCUCAACAGACCUACCACGACGGCAACAGACCCGUCCAGGUGAUCAUCACAGAGGCAGGAAAACAGCCAGACUCCCACCCCAUUCAGUGGAACGCCCCUUCAUCUGCUCACAUUACCCAGUACAUCCUCAAAUGGAGAAUUAAAAAUACCCGAGCCCCCUGGAGGGAGGCCACCAUCCCCGGCCACCUCAACUCCUACACCAUCAGUGGGCUGCGUCCAGGCCUCACGUAUGAGGGUCAGCUGAUCAGCAUCCUGCGCUACGGUCGCCGCGAGAUCACACGCUUUGAUUUCACCACUGUCCAGGGUUCUUUGGAGACAUCGGAGGGAGAGACGACCCCGCCUCGUCCAGUGGUGGACACUUCUGAGUCGGUGACAGAAAUCACCUCAAACAGCUUCGUCGUGUCCUGGACAUCCGCCUCAUCUACCAUCUCUGGCUUCAGGGUGGAGUAUGAGCUCAGUGAGGAGGGGGCCAAGCCGAAAGUCCUGGAUGUUCCCAUCACAACCAACUCUAUCACCAUCUCUGAUCUCCUGCCUGGACGCAGAUACAACGUCAACGUCUACGAGCUCCCAGAUCAGGGACAGCCAAACCUCAUCCUGACUACCUCACAGACUACAGCUCCUGACACACCAGCUCAGCCUGCUGUCAGUGACGUGGGAGAGACCUCCAUUCAAAUCAGCUGGUCCAGACCUCAGGCUCCUAUUACUGGUUACCGUGUGGUGUACACGCCGUCAGUGGAAGGCAGCAGCACUGAGCUGAACCUGCCAGACUCUGAGACCUCAGUCACCCUGGUUGACCUUCACCCUGGUCUGGUCUACAACAUAAGCAUCUAUGCCGUAGAGGAGGAUCAGGAGAGUGAGCCUGUUUUUCUACAGGUCAACACCGCUGGAUCUCCUCAACCUGAGGAGGUCCCGGCACCCACAGACCUGCAGUUCUACAAGGUUUCAGAUGUGAAGAUCUCCAUCACCUGGACCGGUCCCCCCAGCGAGGUGACUGGUUACAAGGUCAUCUUCUCCCCUGUUGGCCCUGACGGCAUUGAAACGAGGCCCCUUCAGCUGCCCACCUCACCCAACGCAUAUGCUGAUAUCACUCACUUGCAGCCGGGUACACUCUACCGUUUCUACAUCUACGCCACCAAUGGUGGACUGGACAGCAAGCCGCUUGUGGGAGAAAAGUCUACCAAACCUGAUUCGCCCAACAAUGUGCAAUUCACUGACAUCGGCCCCGACAGUGCGUUGGUCACCUGGGAGGUUCCCCGUGCCAUCGUCAGUGGCUACCGUCUCUUCCUGAGCAUCGAGGGCUCUAGCCCCAUCGAGAAGAGGAUCCCAGGCAGGGUCACCCAGUUCCCUCUGAGGAAUCUGCGACCAGAUACCAAGUACACUGCCACCCUGCAUUCUGAGCUGGACAAUGAGCUCAGCGAAGGCAUCACUAAAUAUUUUACUACCGCGCCCCAGAUGGGAAAUGCUCCAACUUUCAGCACUGAGGUCACUGAUACCUCUAUCAUCAUCACCUGGAUACCUGUCCGCAGGUUCGGCUACAAGCUGUCUGUGCUCCCCAGCCAGGAAGGCGAGUCUCCCAGAGAAGAGACCUCUGACUCUGGACGUAUUCAUAUUCCAGAUCUGAUUUCUGGAAAUCAGUACACCUACAGCGUUCAGCCCAUCUUCAAUGGACGCAACCGUGGAAACCCCAUCACCCGCACAGUUGUCACUUCUGUGUCUCCUCCCACUGACCUCAGACUGGAGUCCAACCCCAACACAGGAGAUCUCAAUGUCCACUGGGUAGCCUCCAAAACACCAGGCAUCACAGGCUACAGAGUGACAAGCACGCCAACCAACGGCCAGCGAGGAAACUCCCUUGAGGAGCAUGUCAGACCUGAUCAAACCUCAAUCAUCCUAGAGAACUUGAAUCUCGGGGUGGAGUACAACGUCAGUGUCUUCACUACUAAGGGCCAUUUGGAAAGUGUGCCUGUGUCCACUAUUGUCACACCAGACAUCCCCAAACCAAGUCAUAUUGACUUUGUCAACAUUACUGACACCACCAUUGGCCUGCGCUGGAUCCCUCAGAACUAUACUACCAUCACUGCUUACCGGAUAACGGUAGUAACGUCAGGCGAGAGCUUGCCAAUUUUUCAAGAUAUGGUGGAAGCAUCUGUUGGUUAUUACACAAUUCCUGGUUUGGAGCCGGGCGUGGACUAUGACAUCAGUAUCUUCACUGUUACAGAGGAGGGGGAAAGCGAGCCGACCACAUACACAAAGCAAACACAAGCUGCCAUUCCAUCUCCCACCAACUUGCAAUUUGGAGGGGUGGGUCCUGACCACAUUAGGGUGACCUGGACAGUCCCCCAUGUUGCCACACCUAGCGACAUCUCUCGGUUUGUCAUCCGUUACCACCCUGUAGCCACAGAUGAUGACAUUAAGGAGGUUAAUGUUGGCGGAGCCACCAACACCUUCCUGCUGCAGAACCUGCUGCCCAACACUGAGUACCGUAUCAGCGUUGUGUGUGUGUAUGGUGAACGAGAAAGUAAACCAGCCACAGGCACUCAGAAGACAACUCUCGACUCCCCCACUGGCUUGGACUUCUCCGACAUUCGCACCAACUCCUUCACUGUUCACUGGAUAGCUCCAACUGCUGCUAUCACCGGCUACCGCAUCCGCUAUCAGAAGACGAGCGGCGGGCGGACCAAGGAUGAGAGGCUGCCCCCAACCAGGAACCACUUCACUUUGACUGGACUGACACCAGAGACAGAGUACCUGAUAUAUGUGUAUGCCGUCAGCAACAAGCAGGAGAGUCUGCCUCUGACUGGCACACAGGCCACCAUCUCUGAUGCUCCCACUGAUCUGGAGGUAACAUCUUCCACCCCCACCACUAUCACCAUUCGCUGGGAUGCUCCCUCUGUCACAGUAAGGAACUACAGGAUCACCUACGGAGGGACAGGUGGCGAGACUCCUCAAGAGUUCACAAUCCCAGGCUCUCAGACCACCGCCACCAUUACUGGUCUGAAACCUGGUACUGACUACAUCAUCACAGUCUAUGCUGUUACCGGACGAGGGGACAGCCCUGCCUCCAACACCGCCGUCCACAUCACACACAAGACCGAUAACGAGCCCCCCACUGACAUGAAACUGACUGAUGUGAGUGACAAUGCCAUCACAGUGCGCUGGUCUCCUGCUCAGGGACCAAUCAAAGGUUAUAGAAUCACCAGUGUACCCAAGAACGGCGUGGGACCCUCCUACUCUGAGGUGGUGGCCCCUGAUAAGACAGAGAUGACGUUCACGGGUCUGAUGCCCACCGUAGAGUAUGUUGUGAGUGUCUAUACCCUGGGCAAUGACGGACAACCCUCUUCACCUGUGGUGGAGAAGGCUAUGACUGCUAUGGAUCGUCCCAAGGACCUUACCUUCUCUGACAUCGACUCCACCUCCAUGCGCAUCACUUGGGAAAGUCCUGACGGCACGGUGACAUCGUACCGUGUCCUGUACUCCAGCCCAGAGGAAGGCGAGAGGGAGCUGCGCCCAGCACCCAGAGGUGACCAGGACAGCGUGGUGCUGAGAGGCCUUCGGCCCGGGACAGAGUACACUGUUAAAGUCAUCGCCCUCCACGGCCGCACACCCAGCACACCUUUGGUGGGAACCCAGGCCACAGUAAUCCCUGCUCCGACCAACCUGGUGAUCUCAGAUGUCAGUCCCUCUGCCUUCACCGUGUCAUGGAAAGCCCCCAGUGCACGCCUGACAGGCUACCGUGUGGUCAUCAUCCCCAAGAACAUCAACAGCCCCGCCAAAGAGAUGAAUGUUGCUCCGGACACCACACGUGUCGUCGUACCAGGGCUCAUGGUGGCAACCACAUAUCAGAUACAAGUCUACGCUCUGAAGAACUCUGUCACCAGUCGACCACUGGAGGGAGAGACGACCACACUGCAAGAUGUGAGUCCUCCUCGUCGUGUGCGUAUCUCCGAAGUGAAGGAUAAUUCUGUCACACUGAACUGGCGCACCAAGACAGAAACGAUUACUGGUUUCCUCAUCGAUGCCACGCCCGUCAAUGGCUUGUACCCCACUGUCAGCGAGACCCUCCCAGGAGAAACACGCACCUACACUCUCACAGGUCUUCAACCAGGCACCAUUUACUCCGUUAACCUGUAUACUCUGAAUGGCAAUACAAAAAGCGCUCCAUUUAAACUCAUGGUUCAAACAGCUCAACCAGUGGUCCAGGCUCCCACGGGCUUCCAGUUCCAAUCUUUGACCCCCACCUCCAUCUAUUUCACGUGGCAGCCACCUCCCACACAGAUCACAGGAUACUACAUCACCUACGAGGAGUUAGGACGACCACCACGGGAGCUCACCCCACAACCCCACGCCGGCCAAAACUACGCCACCAUAUCCGGCCUGAAACCAGCCACAGAGUACAUUAUCAAGAUCAUUGCCAUCCAGAACACACAGAGGAGCACACCUCUGGUGGGAAGAACUAGGACUCAACCAGACUCCUUGCUUCCCCUGCCUCUGCCCAGCCGCCCUGGAGGUGUUGGUGACAGGCUGGAUGUGCCUGAAACCCACACCGACAACACAGUCCAAGUAGUGGGCACCAAUGGCCAGGAUGGGCUUGGUGGUCAGAGCCAGCACGUGGAGUACACAGAGUACAACAACAAUGGAGACAACAGAUAUAAUGGGAACAGUGGCAGGCCACAGUCUCCCUAUGGGCAAGUCCGUGAGCCCCUGGUGUUUUUGCCCCUUCCUGAUGCAGAGGGCCGCAGAUUGCCCAUAGUGAAGCUGAAUGUGCCUUUCGGCUCUACGUUUGGUAACGAGACAGGACUGCCACAGGAGGCCCAAACUCAGACCACCCUCUCCUGGAAGCCUUACCAGCAGGGCAAUGGCUACCUGGUGUCCUGCUAUCCUAUCACACACUUAAAUGAGAAGAUGUUCCAGGUCAACCUGCCAGACACAGUCAACUCUGCUACCCUGAUAGGACUCACCCCCGGAGCGAACUAUAAUGUGAUCGUGGAGGCUCUGGCGGGGGCGGUCAAACACAAGAUUCUGGAGCAGGUCGUUACUGCCGGAAACACAAUCCCAGAGGGAGUGCCCUCCACUAAGGACUCAUGUUAUGAUGCUUUCACUGCAACCCACCAUGAGGUUGGUGCUGAAUGGGAGCGGAUGUCUGAGACAGGCUUCAAGCUGUGGUGCACGUGCCUGGGCCUGGGAAGUGGCCACUUCAGAUGUGAUUCAUCUAAGUGGUGCCAUGACAACGGCAAGAACUAUCGCGUGGGAGAGAAGUGGGACCGCAGCGCAGAAAACGGUCACUUAAUGAGCUGCACUUGCUUGGGAAAUGGCAAAGGAGAGUUCAAGUGUGAACCACAUGAAGCAGUGUGCUAUGACAAUGGAAAAACCUACCAGGUGGGCAACCAGUGGCAGAAGGAGUACCUGGGCGCUAUCUGCUCCUGCACAUGCUUUGGAGGACAACAGGGCUGGCGAUGUGAGAACUGCCGCAAACCAGGUGCUGAUGUUGAUGCCAGCCUGCUGCAGCCAGUUAGAUAUGGAGACAACACACUACGCAAAAUAAAUAUUCAUUGCCCCAUUGAGUGCCUCCGACCCGACCUGCUGGCGGACGCAAUUGCUCCUCAAAAUCCUCGGGAAUAAAAGGAUCCGUCAUCUGACAUCUGCUUUGCUCCCUCACCGUCCAAUCGCUGCACUGUCUCACCCCGUAGAAGCCACGCUGUCUGUGACUGAACUGAACCAACUGCCCUAUCACUUUCUGACACGUUUAGCUGAAGAUGUUACACUGCCUUGCUGCCUGAGCAAUCCUGACCCUUUUCUAGUCUUUUCACUGUUGACUGUCAAAGUCUCUCAAUUCUUGCUCUAUUGGAAAAUGAAGACUCUAGAUACAAUUUUCUUUUUUGUGUAACAUUUCCUUGUGUAUAAGCCUUAAUGGAAGAUAUUUAGGGCUUGUCACCAGUCAAAUUUAUAUACUUGUCAAACUGGCCUUACUUUUCCAUUUAAAAAUUCAGAAAGAUUUCCUAAUCAAAGAGCAGAAACUGUCAGAAAGUAAGCACUGUGUUAAAGAAUGUCAAUGUAGUUAUUAACAAUGUUUAAUUGUCCAUGAAAAUGUGCUUCUCUUUUCCUGUAGCCCUUCUUUUGUUCCUGAGGGGUCGCACUGUGUGUGAUUGACACAUUCUGAAGUCUAAUGUCUUUCUACUAAUUUAUCCCUUUAAUCUCAACGUGUGAAUGUGUGAACUGGGAUGUGAGAAUUUGAACCGUUCUAUUUUUGUACUUUGUUGUCGGUGCCAAAGUUGUUUCUACCUUUUGACAAAAAGAAGUCCCUUAUUUUAAUAAAGCUGGAGAAAUCCUGAGAUCUAA